AUUUUUUUUAAAAAAUCAAUAAUAUGAAUAAUUAUAAUAACAAUUUUAAUUUCAAUUUCUUCAAAUUCGUGAUUUAUUUAUUGAUUAUCAAUAGAAAUAAAUUUAAUAAGAUUUAUCCCAAUUAUAAAUAACUACAAAAUUAAAAAUUGUAACUCAAUAAUCAUCUAUUUCAUUAUCCAAUCAUUUUCUUCAUCUUUAUUUUUUAUUUCAAGAUUCCAAUUUAAUUUAAGAAAUUCUUUAAUUUUUUUAAUAAUUAUAAAUAUAACUAUUUUAAUUAAAUUAGCUAUUAUUCCUUUUCAUUUUUGAAUUAUAAGAAUUAGAGAAUCAUUAAAUUUUGAUGCAUUGUUUCUAAUUUUAUCAAUUCAAAAAAUUAUUCCAUUAUUUAUUCUUUCUAAUUUCUUUUUCAAUAAAAUUAUUAUUUUAAUUAUAAUAUCCACAUUAACUAGAUCCAUUUUAGCUUUAAACUUAAAACUUUUCAAAAAAUUAUUAAUUCUUUCUUCAAUUUCUCAUCAAGGUUGAAUAAUUUCUUUAAUUUUUUUUAAAAUUAAUUUUUGAAUAACAUAUAUUAUAAUUUAUUCAAUUAUUAUUUUCUCAAUUAUAAAAAGUUGUAAAAAACAUAAAAUUUACUCUAUAUUUACAAUUUUUAACAAUAAAAUUAAUUAUAAUGAAAAAAUAAAUUUCAUUAUACAUUUCAUAUCCUUAGGUGGAAUACCCCCUUUUUUAGGAUUUUUUAUAAAAAUAAUAACUAUUUUUAUUUUAAUAAAAUUUAGAACUUUUAUUAUUAUAAUUUUAAUUACCUCUUCUUUAAUUAAUUUAUUCUUUUAUUUUAAAAUUUUAACACCUAUUUUCUUUUUAAAUUUAAAAACCCUUAAAAAUUUAAAAAUUAAUUUUAAUAAUAAAACUUUAUUUAUCAAUAUAAAUUUAAUAUUUUUAAUUUUUUUUAUAAAUUUAUGAAUUUAUUAA